AUGUUGGUAUUAGUGGCUGAUACUUUAUGUCAGCGAAUAAUCCAUCCAACAUGGAGACCUCCUCCAAGACGUCCGGUCAUCAUCAGAACUGCUAGAAGUGUCAGUAACGAGGAACCAUUGUGGUUGUAUAAAGGGGACGACGUCAUUCGAGCUCCACCAUCUGGUGACCAUCCUGUCUUACCUUCGAUCAUUGACGAUAUUAACCUGGACCCCAACAGAAGAUACGCCAGAAGUGUUGACUCUCCAAGUGCCAAGCGCUCGGGUGGAAGCCAUUCGUCUCCCAGCAGAAACCAUGAUACUGGACGGACUCAUCCUGGAUACAACCGAAGGAAUGCCAGAGAUGUUGUUUCAACUUAUUGA